AUGGUGCGGUUAAGCUCUCCGAAUGCCUGGAGGGCAACAUCCUCAGUAUACCUUCUCCUGGCCAUCCUCUCAAGCACAGCCUCCUCCAGUCCCACAGGCCAUCUCCUAGCACGAGAAGCAGAGACCUGCCCAAAAAACUAUACAAGUUGCUCCAACGCCGGCCUCCCCAGCUCCUUCUGCUGCCCGUCUUCAUCAACCUGCAUCAGCCUGGACGACGGGAGUUCAGCAAUCUGCUGCCCAAAGGGAGAAAACUGCGAGUUCAUACAGCCCAUAGGCUGUGACGCGCAACGUCAAGACGCAAAAGAACAUCCCCAAAGUCCCAUCAAAACCACCCGGACCGACGACCGCCUCCCCAAAUGCGGAGACUUCUGCUGUCCAUUCGGAUACACCUGUCAAAAGGACAACGUCUGCAUUAUGGACAAGACCCAGUCCUCCUCAAGCAAGACCAACACCAACACCGCAUCCGAAACCACAACCUCCACAUCCACCAACACAAACACCCAAACCACAACAACAGACUCAUCACACACAGUCCCAAUCAUGGACCCAACCGCCACAGCAGACCCCCCCUCCCCAUCAGCAACAUCCCCCUCCAACCCCACAGCCGCCCAAACCGCCUCCCAACUGACAGCCGCCUGCCCCUCCUACCCCAGCCAAGCCGUAGCCGCAGGCUUCUUCCCCGGUGCCAUCUUCGGCGCAAUCGCCACCCUCCUCGCCCUCUUCGGCAUCCGCAAGUACCAAGAAAAGCACCUGCCCCCAGGCGACAAGAUCGCCCAGCACACGCAGCGCUCCUCAAGCGGUACCCUCCUCGGCAUAUCGCCCCCCAUCCCCUCAGACGAGACCUCCUACCGCACGGACUUCCUCCUCCAUCGACCAGCGAGGCGAAACUCCGAAGGCGCCCGCUCAAUGCUCCAAAGAAGCCGCUCCCGCGUGAAAUCCCUCUUCGGCACGACCCCCAAAAUAACCGUCUCUGAGCCCGACGCCCCUCCGGUGCCCGUGCCGGUGCCGGUGACGCCCCAGCGCGUGGUGGUGGCUCGGCGUCCCAGCACGGAGAGUAUCAAGGUUUAUACGCCGCCUGGCGUGUUCGCUGGGACGAAUGUCCUCAAACCGAGCCCGUAUCCGGAUGUGCGGCCGAAUACGACGUUUUCAGAUAUGAUUGAUCGGGUGGGGUUCAAGGAUGGUCGGGGGGAUCCUUGUUAUCGGGUUCAGACGCCGCCGGGGGGGGAUAGUGGUGGUAGCGGUGGUAGUGGUAGUGGCAGUGGUGGUGGUGGUAGGGCUGGGAGGGCUGUUAGGAGAUGA